GGCUUCUGCUCCUCAUCCAUCCUUUCGUUCACAAUCACACCAUCUUAUUUGAAAGAGUCGCUUGCAGUGUGUCCGUCACCUUCACGUUUCUCCGCCAAGGAAAAUGGCCCCCUCCAACUCCAAGUCUACUUUCCUUCUUCUUGGCUUGCUCUUUGCUGUUGUUGUUCUUCUCGUCUCCUCUUGGAGGGCCUCGGCUGAGGAGGCAGCUGCUCACACUCAGGAAAGCGUUGAAGGAACCACGUACUACGGUUUUGGACAUGGGCACGGGCAUGGAUAUGGGUAUGGGCACGGGCAUGGAUUCGGACACGGCCAUGGCCAUGGCCACCAUGGGAAACCCGGUCACGGUGGUCACCCCGGACAUGGCAGUGCUGACGAGGUGCCUGAAGCCGAAAUUGAGACCUGAAACUAGUAACAAGACCACACCUACAAGGGUCAUGUGUAGCUUGUGAUUGAAUACGUUUCAUAAGGCAUUUGAGACUUAUAUGCCAGUAGCCAUAUGACCUUAUGUCUAUCUAAUAAAUCCUCUUAGAGUUUGCUGUUGUUUGCUCUAAGUUAUGUUUGGGAAGACGAAUGUUUAAGUAUUGAAUUUGAAUGAAAUUCGUGUUGUUAAG